GAAGUAGAAGUCGAAGAUAAAGAAGAGAGAGAGUCAAGCAAUUCAUUAGAAAUUAAAGAAUCGAAACACCAAGUUAUUAAUUUACCUGAAAUUGAAGAAUUGAAACACCAACCUGAAAAUUUGCUUGAAAAUGAAGAAUUAGAACAUCAAGUUAAUAAAACUGAAGAAUCAAGUUUAUUAAGAAUUGAAGAAUUAGAUUAUAAUUCAUUUAUUAAUUUUUUGGAAGAAAUUAAAGAAGAUUAUGAAAAGUAG